AUGUCUAAUCUCUUUGCAUGGGGGACACUUCUCUUGCUCGGGCGCAUCUUGGGCACCUCUGCUGUCACCGUCACCGUCAAUAGCGAACAAACCUUUCAAGAAAUGGACGGCUUCGGUUUCUCGCAGGCGUUUGGUCGUGCCAACGACGUCAAGAAUCUGCCGGCGGCACAACAGAAGCAGACGCUUGAUCUUCUUUUCAACACGUCUACUGGUGCUGGCAUGACGAUCCUGCGCAACCGGGUUGGGUCUGGUGGUACAGGAGACAGCAUCGAGCCAACUAGCCCAGGGUCACCUACCGCUACGCCCAAAUAUGUGUGGGAUGGGAAUGACUCCGGUCAGGUCUGGUUCAGUCAACAGGCUCAAAGCUACGGCGUCGACACGUUCUACGCGGACGCUUGGAGUGCGCCAGCAUUCAUGAAGACGAACAACAACGAAAACAGUGGCGGCUACCUCUGCGGCGUCACUGGCGAGACGUGUUCCAGCGGAGAUUGGAAACAAGCGUAUGCUAACUUCCUUGUUCAAUACGUCAAGUACUAUGCUUCGGUUGGCAUCGCUGUUACGCAUCUGGGCUUCCUCAAUGAACCUGACUACACGACAUCGUACUCGUCCAUGAACUCCAAUGGGCAGCAAGCCGCGGACUUCUUGAAGGUCCUCCACUCUACAGUUCAGAGCUCGGGCGUUGAUGUCCAACUCACUUGCUGCGACGCCACAGGCUGGUCAGCGCAAACCACAUUGACCGCGGGGCUUAUCUCGGCCGGUGUCGAGGACAUUGUGGACGUUAUCACAUCGCAUUCGUACUCUUCAAGCCCUAGCACUCCCAUGAAGACCACGCGGAAGGUUUGGGAAACGGAGACCGCCGAUCUCGACGGAUCUUUCUCACCGAACAACUGGUACAGUAGUGGUGCUGCGGGAGAAGGCUUGACCUGGGCGAACAACAUCUACACGGCCAUCGUAAAUGCGAAUGUCUCUGCUUACCUCUACUGGGAGGGCGCUGAGAUCGGCACAACUAACUCGGCCCUCGUUCUCAUCUCUGGCACUACGCCCCAGGCGUCUAAGCGUCUAUGGGCCUUCGCCCAAUGGUCAUGCUUCGUACGCCCCGGCGCUGUCCGCAUCGGAACCUCUGGAACCGGCACGAACCUGAAAUUCUCCGCGUUCAAGAACGUCGACGGGACAGUGUCAGUCCAGGUUAUCAACACUGGCGCAUCCGAGCAGAGCGUCACUGUCGUACCCAGCGGUUUCACACCCAACUCGGCUUCCGCCUUCGUUUCAGCUCAAGAAACAGACUUCGGUACGCUCUGUGUGACGUUUACCGACGGACAGACCACUGCUAGCAUUCCUGGACACGCGAUGGCAACGUUUGUGCUGUCCGAAGAGGCGUCAUUAGAAAGUAGCGACUGCACUGGGGGCGGAAGCGGAACGGGAGGCAGCACUGGCGGUGGAAGUGGAAGUGGAAGUGGAACGGGGGGUAGUACGGGAUGCACUACUGCGAAGUACGGGCAGUGCGCCGGGCAAGGCUUCACGGGUUGCGCAACUUGCGCGUCCGGUUCUACGUGUACUUUCUCGAAUACUUAUUAUUCUCAGUGUCUUUGA